GCCUGGACAGGGCUGGACACAGGGGGGGGGGCCAGGACCCAAGAGAAAAAGCAAGUCCUUUAAAAAAGAAGCUCCACAAAGCGACUCUCUUUUCCCUCUUCUCUCUUCCUUUCAUCUCCUUCCCCCUCCCCGUGCCACCAUCACUACAACCACACCCGCCAUCUCAUCCCCUCCCCUUGCCCCUCCUAAUCUUUUCCUUUCUUCUCCAUCCCCGCACCUCCCCUUCCUUCCCACUUUCCAUACACACCUCCUCCCCAUAAUACACCAUGCGUGAGAUCGUCCACUUGCAAACCGGCCAGUGCGGUAACCAGAUUGGAUGCAAAUUCUGGGAGGUCAUCAGCGACGAGCAUGGCAUCGAUAGCACCGGUGUCUACCGCGGCGACUCGGACCUGCAGCUCGAACGCAUCAACGUCUACUACAACGAGGCCACCGGCGGCAAGUACGUUCCCCGCGCUGUCCUUGUCGACCUCGAGCCAGGCACCAUCGACGCUGUCCGCACUGGAGAGUUUGGCCAGCUCUUCCGCCCCGACAACUACAUCUUUGGCCAGAGCGGUGCCGGAAACAACUGGGCCAAGGGUCACUACACCGAGGGUGCCGAACUCGUCGAUUCUGUUCUGGACGUCGUCCGCAAAGAGGCCGAAUCCUGCGACUGCCUCCAGGGCUUCCAAAUCACACAUUCGCUCGGUGGUGGUACCGGCUCCGGCAUGGGAACCCUGCUGAUCUCAAAGAUUCGCGAAGAAUACCCUGAUCGCAUGAUGUGCACAUUCUCUGUCAUGCCCUCGCCCAAGGUCUCAGAUACCGUUGUCGAGCCCUACAACGCGACUUUGUCUGUCCACCAAUUGGUCGAGAACUCUGACGAGACCUUCUGUAUCGAUAACGAAGCCCUGUACGACAUCUGCUUCCGCACCCUCAAGCUUACUGCACCAAGCUAUGGCGACCUGAACCACCUGGUCUCUGUAGUCAUGAGCGGCAUCACCACCUCGCUCCGAUUCCCUGGUCAGCUCAAUGCUGACUUGAGAAAGUUGGCUGUCAACCUUGUUCCUUUCCCUCGUCUUCAUUUCUUCAUGGUCGGCUUCGCUCCCUUGACCGCCAACAACUCUGCGUCCUUCCGCGCCUUGACUGUGCCCGAGUUGACCCAGCAAAUGUUUGACGCCAAGAACAUGAUGGCAGCAUCCGAUCCCCGCCACGGACGUUACUUGACAGUUGCGGCCAUGUUCCGCGGACGCAUGUCGACCAAGGAGGUUGACGAGCAGAUGAUGAAUGUGCAAUCAAAGAACAGCGCCUACUUCGUGGAGUGGAUCCCCAACAACGUGAAGACGGCUGUCUGUGAUAUUCCUCCCCGCGGUCUCAAGAUGUCCGUUACCUUUAUCGGCAACUCUACCGCCAUCCAGGAGUUGUUCAAGCGCAUCUCUGAGCAGUUCACUGCUAUGUUCCGUCGCAAGGCUUUCUUGCAUUGGUACACUGGCGAGGGCAUGGACGAGAUGGAGUUCACUGAGGCUGAAUCCAACAUGAACGACUUGGUCUCUGAAUAUCAGCAGUACCAGGAUGCCACUGUUGAGGAUGGUGACGAUGUCGAAUAUGGUGAGGAGGGCGAAGAGAUGGACAUUUAAGAAUCAGGAACCGAUCUCCCUUCAGCUGCGCUCUUUCCGACGUUGCUCUUGUCAACGAACGACGUGCGAAAUUGGAAUACCAUAUCCCUCAAAACCUAACUCGCAGAAAAAAAAAAAAAAAAAAAAAAAAAAGAAA